AUGACACAUCGAUGGCCUGGCCGAUGGGGUUGUCAUGACCGUAUUGCAUGGUCUCGAAAUGGCCUGGUUGCAUACAUUGCCAACGGCAAGGUGCACAUCACGUGGCUCAAGUGCGAGGAUGGCGAAAAGUGGACGUUCACUCCGUCCGUCGCCGUGAAGGUCACCUCGAACCCAGUGCACCUUAGUUGGUCAAGAGCGCACUAUGAUUUAGCAAUUGUCGACGACAUGGGCCGCAUCCAAAUAAACGAGCUCACUUCUUCGGGAAUUUCCAUUAACCACGUCGUGUCUUCUACUACUGCGGAUCAAAGACCGCGCGCCAUCGAACAGGAUGCCCUGGUUGGCACGUACUGGCUCGGUGUCGACAAGGGAUUUGUCGUCCCGACUGCUCUGGGAAUCAAAGCCGAGUCCACGGAACAAUCAAGCAAUGGAAUCAUGGCCACGCAAAAACCAGAGUGGGAGACCUUCAGAACUCUUGGCCCUUUCCACCCCAUUAGAGUGAGGGGUGCAUUAGUCUGUGUUAACGGAAAUGGCGUGUUCAGACUAUUGGCUCAGCUUGGCGACACACAGUAUAGAGAACUCGAAACGUUACUGCAGGGGACAGAGAGCUUGCUGUUUGCAACCGUCGUGCCUAUUGGAGAUGCGCUGCUGGUGGCUACUUACUCCGCGAAGGACCAGAUUCAGGUGUACAAGAUCACAAUCACCUGGAACAAUGAAGCAUUGAUCAACAGAAAUAAUAAUCAAGAAGCGUUUGCCAAGCUAACCAGUGUACCUCUUACCUCGAUCACCGCUGUCAGGCCACCAGAUACUCUGGUCACCGCGUUUAGCUUUGCUCAAAUACCUGAUUUCAAGAGUACGAACGUGCCUAAAACUUUCGACGUCAACCACUUUGAAAUCCAUACGGUUUUCACAUGCAAGAACAAUUCACAUGUUUUCAUUUACAAGCUAGCCAGGCAGUCGGAAGUGUUGCAUCCUGCCUUCAUCGCUCUUGAACAGCAACAGACCGCUCCACAAGAACUUGUAGAGGCAUGGAAACUCUAUUUAUCAGUGCAACAGCCACCGAAGGAACCGAUCAAAUACUAUAGUGUUCGGGAAGUCGACGUGUCUAUUAUUUAUGCAUCUGGAAAAUUUGAAGCUAUCAGUCUGAUUCCUGUCGAGAUGAACUUUGGAAAGUACAAAGUGGAUUUUUCCGAAGAGCAGCAGCAGGUACUCGCUCAGGUUGAUCACGCAUGUGUGUCGCCUAAUUUGACUUGUGUUGCCCUUUUUAAAGGCGAGGAGACUUUGCAACUGGAAGAAUUAUCGACUUAUAAAGAUGAAAAAGAUCAGCAAAAGCUUUUCAUGCUUGCCAAUGCAGUAGCGACUCGUUAUGCUUUUUCGGUAUUCAAUCAUACUCAGUGCGAUGAUAUGCUUGGUCUGGGAUGGCGCCUUCUUUACAGCGUCAUGCCUUCCAUCCAAUUCAACCAGUCGAUGUUCUUCAAUAUGUUGGCAAGUGAAGCUCAGCGAAUGCUUAAUGCCGGUCUUGAGCCCCCGGACGAUCGACACGUUGAGCGUGUGAUUGUUAUGCCUUCGCCACUUCAUCGCUGGUUUGCAUUUGUGAUGGUUUUGGGAACUCGUAAAGGCUGGCAUCGAAACAGCGGCAGUCAGUUAGCGCUGACGGCAGUCAAUAUUCAGCAAGUCGCUUUUGCUCUGACCUGGUCUCUUAAAGUCCUGUCCGUUCCAUCAAAGGCCCAAAAUACGCAGCAGCAACUCGCAGAGCUUUCUUCACAUUGCUACCAUAUUAUGAAUAUAAUGGGACUUGUCCGAUGGACUACGGAUUUGACGGCAAGAAUUUACCAGGAACUCUACCUGACUCUUGUUCAGAAUCCUCAAAACAAAGAGGAGCUGGUCAAAAAAUUCAUUGAGAAACCCAACAUAUUUAUGGCCCUCAUGUUGUCGAAGAUUGUGAGGUACCUUCUUAUCUACGUUCUUCGCGGAGUCCGAGGACUAGCUCAGGUAACUCAAAACCUACUGACGAUCGAGUCUCAAGUUGGUCACGGAGACCUUGUGAAGACAACCCACCUGAAAUUCCAGCAGAUUCUCAACUCUGCACCUGUUCCUUUGGCUCACUUUGAGAAACUGCUCACAGAAAUUGACAAACAGCUGAAAACAGUGUACAAUAGCGGAAAACUUCAAGACCGGGUUAAGCAGGCACUUGAACUAGAGAUCUUGAAGCACGCGCGAACUCCAAAAGUGCUAUUGCCUAUUAUUUCGCAUAUUAUUAAAAGUACCAAUCUUGACGGCGUGGAUAUACCUCAUUUGUAUUUCUACGACACAUCCUGGCUCCACCUAGACGAUGUUAAAGGACUGUUCAACGAGCAGAUUGAUGGAAUCCGCAAACGUGUUCUAUCUGGCAAUGAUACCCGUCGACAAUGUACUCGAUGCGGGAUUAUCUCGGCCAAUGAUCCUCCUAAAGUUGCCAGCAAAAGCCAGUUUACAGUUCUGUUCCAGCGCAACUGCUUAUGCGGGGGUUCUUGGCAGAAUGAAGAUACCACGGACAAAACCAUUUCAAAGUAA